GGGCCGAAACCGAAAGUAUGCCCACACACGAAACGCGCGCCCACGCGCGCGCAUACGCUGUUGUGGGGGGGUUAUGAAUCAACGGUGCAACGCCGUUUGGCAGGAGGAAGGCUGUGAGAAAGCCCGUUCGCGAUGGGUCGUUGCGGGGAAAAAACGUGGCGGCGGUGGCGACGACGCAACACAUGGAGGCCUCGGCCGGGGAUGACCAUGUGCGGGGUUGCGGCGGCGUGUGCGUACGGUGGUCGUCGUCGUCGUCGUGGUCGCCGCCGUCCUGUGAACAAAGAAGCAGGUCGUCUCUGCAGUAGCAGCGGCGGGGCGGUUCCAUCGCCCGCGGGCGGCCGGCUGGCCCCGAUCGGCGCUUAUACUUAAAGACGGGUGGGCAGCCCAAGGGAAGUCAGUACGCGAGAGCGCCUUGCACCGGAAGCCCGCCGCUGCUACCGUCACUGCCCUCGCCGUUGCCGCCGCCGCCGCCGCAGCCACCCAGGGCGCCAUGAUAGCUUUCCUGAGCGUCAUCCUCAUCGCGUCUCUCGGACCACACGUCCGAGCCGGAGAUGCUUCCCAGAGCAGUUCUGGUGGAUCUUCGGCGUCCGGCACGCCCGUCUACAAACUAGCUCAAGGACUCGGGCCUUCACCAAACCAUGGCCAACCGGUCAAGGUGCCCGCUGCAGUGUUCGCCUCCAGUCCUGGAGCAGCCGCCGCGCAAGCGGGCAGACCGGGACCAGCUGGCUACCCUGGCGCAGGAGCCCACGCCGUUCAAGUGCCCGGCGUGCACUUUAACGCCGGCGCCCCGCCCGCCGGCGGCGGUGCCGGUUACGGCUUCGCUCCUGGCUAUGGCUACAACCCGGCAGGCGCCGGAGGACCAGCAGCCGGAGCCGGCGGAUACCCUAGAGCUCUCCUGCCUCAAGCGUACGCUGGUGCCGCAGGCGGCGGCCACCAGCAGCUGGUAGCCAUUGGAGGUCCUUCCUACGGCGCGGGAGCACCCGGAUACGGCGCCGGAGGACCUGCAGCAGCCUACCCCGCGGGACACGCAGGUCCAGCGGGAGCACUCGGCCCGGCGUCCCUGGCGGGAUACGGCGGAGCUCAAGGAGGUGCGGCGGGAUACGGUGUUCCUCACGGAGGUGCGGCAGGAUUCGCUGGAGCUCACGGAGGUGCGGCAGGAUUCGGCGGAGCUCACGGAGGUGCGGCAGGAUUCGGCGGAGCUCACGGAGGUGCGGUGGAAUAUGCUGGAGCUCACGGAGGUGCGGCGGGUGCGCCGGGGGCUGGACUUCAGGCGUACGGACCGAUCGGACAGGGAUACGGUGGGGGACACGUGGCCUCUCCCGGUGCAGCCUUCGCUAGUGUGGCAGCAGGGCCAGGAGGGCACGCUGGUGGUGGCCCCGCUGGACCCGCUGGACCCGCCGUCUACGCCCUGCCGCCGUCCGCCGCAGGCGGCCACGUGCAUGGAGGCGCCUUUCCCGCGGGAGCAUAUCCAGGCGGUGGCGGCGGCGUGUACCUUGGCGCGGCCGGAGGUCAUGCGGCUGGUCUUCCCGCUGGUCUCGCAGGACGCGGUGGACCCGUCGUCCAGUUCGCCGGUGGACCGGGCGGCCAGUACCCUCUCGGCCAGGGCGCCGGCCAAGCUGGCGUUCCCCUGCACGCCCUCGGCUACGGUGGUGGAUAUGGUGGUCAGGCGGCCGGAUUUGCGGGGCCAUCGCUAGUCGCUGGUCCAGGAGCAGCAGCUGGUCACGGUUAUGGCGGGCCGGUAGCCGUGGCUCCCGGAUACCAUGGACACCCCGGUCACGCUGUCGGCGGUCAGCAUCCCGGGCUAGCGGGAGGAGCCGGCGGAGCUGCUGCUAAGUCUGGCGCCGCUGGACAAGCCGGUCUCGGAGUCACGUACGGCGGCCAAGGGAAGCAGAAAUCAUCGAGAUGAACACGGCAUUCAUCGUUUAGCGUUGUUUUGAAGAAACACUGAAGACUGCGCGGGGAAUGCGGAAAAAAAAAGAAGAAACGAAGUUCUUUGUAUAGUAUGCCUGACCGCUCUUUGUUGAAUGAUGCUAAAGUAGUUGAGUGCACGUGAAAAUUAUUAUUCUGAUUUUGCUUCUGAACUCAUGCAUAUUCUUUCGCCUUUCUACUCUAUAUUAGCCUGAUAGACUAAAGCAUAAGAAAGAAACGUUAAGUUGCUCUGAUUUAAAUUGUACAGCAAAAUUUGUCACCGGGGAUUCUUCUUCUCAACAGAGUUUGCCUAUUGAGUGUACUGUACUACGCAUGCUCGCCUCCAUCUUGUUCGAUAUGCCACCACCAAUAUGGUGGGCUCCAUUAAACACAUUACUGACACCC